UAUGGAAAAUUUAUGUGAAAUUGAUUAUAUAAAUAAAAAGAUGGCUAAAGAAUUGGAUAAAAUCUACUCAGUUGUCAGUAAUGUUUUUAAGAAUGACGUAUCAAGCGGUGAAUCUUUAUGUCCUUGUAUGCCAAGUUUAAAAGGAAGACUAGCUAUAGAUACAACUCCCAAAUAUUGGUCCGAUAUUAGAAAAGAGGAUUUUUCAAUACACUUGAAAAAUGGUCACUUUUGGCAAACUCAAUGUCGGGCUAGACAACAUUUGGCAAUUAUUAUCCCUUUUCGAGAUAGGGAAUCACAUUUAAAGAUCUUUUUAAAUCAUAUACACCCAAUUUUACAAAGACAAUUGCAUAACUACGGAAUAUACGUUGUAGAGCAGGCAAAUAAUGAUGAAUUCAAUAGAGGGGCUCUUAUAAAUAUUGGAUAUUUAGAGGCAAUCAAAGAUCAUUCUGAUUAUUCAUGUGUAAUUUUUCAUGAUGUUGAUAUGCUACCAGAAGAUGAUAGGAAUUUAUAUAAUUGUUUGGAUCAUCCUAAACAUUUGACUGUUCUCAUCAAUAAAUCAAACUAUCGAUUGUACUAUCGUACAUACUUUGGAGGAGCUGGAGCAAUAAAAUCUGACGUUUUUGAGGAGAUUAAUGGCAUGUCGAACUCCUUUUACGGAUGGGGAGGAGAAGACGAUGAUUUAUAUAACCGUUUAAAAUCUCAUGGUUACAAAAUAUUAAGAUCAAGCAAGGUUAGUAGAUAUACAAUGUUAAACCAUACAGAAGCAGAUGCAGCUCCUUCCAGAUUUAAUCUAUUGCGAAUGGGUACCAGACGUUCCAAAUACGAUGGUUUAAAUUCUCUAAGAUAUAAACUUUUAUCAACGAAAAGAGAUAAACUAUAUACAAAAUUUCGGGUUACUUUUAAGAAAUCCAACAUACGAAGGACAAUACGUUAUAAAAGAAAAUCUCAAAAGAAGAAUAAACCUCAAAAAGCGAAAACUUUUAAAUAG